AUGGACGAAGCAGGCGUCAGGAAAGUAAUCGCUGAAAACAACAGAGAUCUUAUCGUUCAGAUCAAAGAUCUCGUAAAUACUUCGAUUUCUGACCUCAAGCGUUCUAACGAAUCUAUCGCUUCCCAGCAGAUGUCAGAGAUUAAAAGGUUGAAACGCGAUUCCGUUCCUCACUUCAACAAAAAGAGCAACGAGGAGCAGUACAAAGCUAACAAAGCUAUUAAAGAUGCUGUUGAAGACGCCCAGAUUGCCCUCGAAAGGAACGACGUCGAGAAGAUCAAACAAGCCUUGGAUAAAGGUAUGGAGCUGCUUCAAGAGCGUCAAAAAUUAAUUUUACUGGCUAAUAAAUCACAGUGCGGGUGGAAGACGGUCCUCGAAUACAAGCACCAUGAUCUCGCAGACGACGAAGAAGAUGAGAAAAAGAUAUACAGGGCCGAAUCCAGAGCAGCUAGGUCCACGAAGCGUUUCACAUCUCGCUCGACCCGGCAAAGAAGUAAUGUUACAUCGACUUCAACAACUCCGCAGUUUUCCGCCUCACAGCUGCCCAAUUUGUUUUCGCGUGUAAACCCGCAGCUUUCGUCUCAGAGAUCGAGGAGUCAUUGAGAGCCCAAACAGUCACGUGGUUUACGGAUAAUCAGAACGUUGUCCGGAUCGUUAAUUCAGGGUCUAAGACUCCAGCAUUACAAGAGCUUGCAAUGGAUAUCCAUCGUAGUUGUUUGCCUAGUGCUAUUAACAUCGAUAUGCAAUGGAUCCCAAGAGACCUAAAUAGUGCGGCGGACGAUAUAAGCAAUUUCAUUGAUUAUGACGACUACACGAUCAACGAUACGGUCUUCAGUGUUCUUGACGACUUAUGGGGUCCACAUACCUGCGAUAGGUUCGCUUGUUCCUACAAUGCCAAAGUCCAAUGCUUUAAUUCUAGGUUUUACCAGCCUGGUUCGAGUGGCGUUAAUGCGUUUUCUCAGGAUUGGUCUCAUCAUAAUAACUGGCUGUGUCCCCCUGUGUAUUUAACGUGUAAAGUUAUUAAGCAUAUGGAGCUGUGCUGUGCUCAAGGAACUCUGAUCGUUCCCCUUUGGAAGUCAGCCCACUUCUGGCCCAUCCUGUGUUCGGAUGGUUUCCAUUGGAGUACAUUUAUCCAUGACUGGGUUAUCCUGCCUAACUUUCCUAAUUUGUUCAUUAGAGGAAAAGCUAAGAACUCUAUUUUUGGUAGUAAGCCAUUGGCUUUCGUUUCGUUAGCUCUACGUCUUGACUUUAGCUUCAUUCCCAGAUUAGAUUCCGAGUUAUCUCGUAAAAGCUUUCUAGUUCCUUGUGUUUGAUUCCAUUCGGGCUAGAGUUCGCUGCUGUUUCCACUAUGUACCGAUAAGGCGUAUUAUAUUUGCGCGAAGUACUUAUUAUUUGUUGAUAAUCAUUUUCUAAGUUAAACGUGUUAGGCCUUAGAGAGGCAUCCAGGAGAGGCCCUAGAGGGGCGAUUUGUCAUAUGUAUUUUCAUUUUGUACCCUAGAGGGGUAUUUUCUGUUGGCAUUGUGCAAACGCCCUAGAGGGCUACGUCCACUAGAAUAGCAUGUUUUUUUCUCUUGUAUCGUUUUACGCAGAAGUGUAUUGCCUGAUCGGCAAAGUGGUCUUCCUGAGUGAAGACAGUGAGUUAAAUGUAAAUUCAGCAUUGUGUGCAUUGCUGCCUGUCUCAUUGAUAUUUUUAUAUUCGCCUUGCCAGUCAGCCAAUAGUCAAUAGAAAGGAGCCCCUGGACGCCCACCACCUCAAGGUCCUUGCUGCAGAGACUAAUCUAGAAGACCUUUUACAAUUACGAAAUUUAGUUAUGUUCAUUCUCGCAUUUUCCGGUUUUCUUAGAAGUUCCGAGUUAUGCGUUAUGCGUAGCAGAGAUGUUCAGUUUAACGAGGGUUACAUUACAAUCAGCAUAGAGAAAAGCAAGACGGACCAACUGAGGGAGGGCAGGUCGGUCGUUAUCGCUGAGUCCUCAUCUAUCACGUGUCCCUGUUCUUUACUUAAGCUGUAUAUGCAUAAGGCCCAGAUUCCUAAAAAUUCAGACGAGUAUCUUUUUAGGGCCAUUUCAGCUUCGGGCAAUCACAAGCGCCUUAUCUCUGUAAACAAGCCGAUUUGUUAUUCUACCUAG